CCUGACAUUAUUGAAUUUUUUAAAAACCCGCUGAUUGGAAAUCAGUCCGCAAAGCUCAGGUUGAAAAUAAACUAGCGUGAGGACAAUUGCAGGAACUGACCCGAAGUCUGUCCGGCUGGCAACCGUCUAAACGGCGGUUGGCUGUCGGCUGUUGGUUGUUGGUUGUCAUCCAACGAGAGGUCACAAAGUAAACACACUCAUUGACUGUAAGACAACGACGCUGGACAACGGAGGCAUUUUUCGCUGUGUUAAUCAGCCUGCCUUUUUUUAAUCGCCUUUUUAAGCAGUAUUCGACGGUACGGAAGUGGCAGACAAGAUGGAGAUGCUCUGUUUCCGCUUGCCGGGCCAUGGGGACAUGACUCUGAAGCACAUGAAUUCUCUGAGGUCUCGCCAGCACUUUUGUGACAUCACCAUUUUGACCAGCAACAACCAGACAUUCCGAGGGCACAAAGUAGUGCUGGCGGCUUGUUCGCCAUUCUUGAGAGACCAAUUCCUCCUUAGUCACGCCUCCAAACUUCAGGUUUCAAUGCUGCACAACUCCUCGGUCAUGUGUGACCUGCUACAGUCCUGCUACACUGGUUUGUUGCAAUUCAACCCAGAGGAGAUUGUCAACUACCUGACUGCUGCAAGUUACCUGCAGAUGGAGUGUAUCGUAGAGCGCUGCAGAGAUGCGCUGAAGAAAUACAUGCGAUCGAAGAACCCGGGUCCACUUAAGAUAACCACUGAAGAGAAUUCGGCUCAGCCUGUGAUUGUCAGCGGCAGCAUUCAUUCCAUUGCACCACCGCCCACCGGCCGAGCUUCCGCUGCGCGUAGCCCUGAAGUGCACUUAGUUGAUAAGAACAGCACACAGGAGAGCAGUCAACAACAAGAUGGCACUUCUUUUGUGCAAAAAGCUUGCGUCAAGGAGAAGGCAUCAGACAAUGAAGGAGAGACCCGCAUUGAAAAGCAGCAUGUGUUCCAAGUGUACAUCUCUGAUGAAGAGCCGAACAAUGUCAAGGACGACGGGACCCUCGCUCCCACUGAUGAGCCUCAGGAUGCACGGUCCCCUGAAACGGAGGGGGGAGUAGUCGGAGGAGAGAGAAGCGAAUACGACUUAAAUCCAACAGGCAAAGGUGCGAACACCUUAUCAAGAGAUGAACUGCGUGCUCUCAGACACAGGUUAUCGGAACCUGAGCAAGGCAGAGGGGGAGCAGCAGGACGGGGGCUCAAGAGGAGACGCUUGGUGUCAACUCAGGAGAAAAGAUCUCCUAGAUUGGCCUCUCAGGAUUUGUGGUAUUUAGCCAACGCGGCAACAGCAGGGGGCUUUGGGCUUGACUUCAGUGAAGGGCUCAAGACGGGGAGUUUGUUCUCGGUGGAUCUCCCACAAUUGGACUUCAGCUUGGACGACGCUCAAGGGGACAAAUCUUUGCCACCGGCCGCCACUAGUUUGACUCAUUUCGGCCUGGAAGAGUCUCGUGAUGCUGGUGAGGGGAGUUCCGGGUUAAACGUUGGCACUAGCGAGGGAGGGGAUGAGUCCGUCGCCGUGGUGGGAUCCACGUCGAGCGUCACCGGUCCCGUCAUCUGCGAGCACUGCGGCGUGACGUGCCCCUCGCCUCACGACCUCGCCAUCCACUACUGCGCCGCUCACCAGGUUUACGCGUGCCCCUUCUGCGACAAGCAGUUCCAGCACUCUUAUAACCUGAACCGACACAUGGCCUUGCACCGGGGCAACGGUCGACCCCACCAGUGCCCCCUCUGCUCCAAGAGCUUCACCCAGCGGUCCACGCUCAUCGACCACAUGAACCUUCACAGCGGCGAGCGCCCACACCGCUGCGCAUACUGCCACGCUCGGUUCGCACACAAGCCGGCCUUACGGCGCCACCUGAAGGAGCAGCACGGGAAAACGACGGUACAGAACUCCCUCCACGAGCAGGAGGAGCGAGAGAGGUCGAUUGGAAGAAUACAAGAAGGGCAAGAAUGUCCGAUUAUGGAGCAAGUUUCCUAAAACCAAAGAAUUAAAGGCAAAACCGAGUAACCGUGUGCUGGUAGUUUAGCUGUGAGGCCUUUUUAGACUGCUUUGUUUUAGUCUUGAGGAGGUUUUUAUAUACUGUGUAGUGUCAGGACAUCAAAGACAACUUAAGAUUGUAUAUGUUUUAAAAGAAGAAAUGUGAUAUAAUACAGCAUUAAAUGUCAAAAGAAG